GGUCUGUGUGUCAGUGUGCACCGUGCGCACCGGGCGUCUGUCCUUCUCCACCUCACCGAGGAGUCGUGUUAGAUUAAAGCGGAGAUUCACCGGCUGUGUUUAACACUCGUUUUAAAGAAGAAGAAAAUAAAAAUGGACCCGCUGGUUGCUGCUAUUGAUCAGGGCACGAGCUCCACGAGGUUUCUGGUGUUCAAUGCAAAAACAGCUGAACUGAUCAGUCACCACCAAGUAGAGAUCAACCAGAGUUUCCCCAAAGAGGGGUUCUCCAACAUCAAAGCGGUGGGAGUGACCAAUCAGAGAGAGACGACCCUGGUUUGGGACAAAGACACCGGCGAGCCGCUCUACAACGCCAUCGUUUGGCUGGACCUUCGUACUCAGUCGACGGUAGAGAGGCUCAUUAACAAAGCUCCGGGAAGAAACAAGAACCACCUCAGGCAUAAAACAGGCCUUCCCAUCAGCACUUACUUCAGUGCAGUGAAGCUGCGAUGGCUGCUGGACAACGUGGACGAGGUGCAUGAGGCUUUCCUGAGCCAGCGUGCCAUGUUUGGCACAGUGGACUCCUGGAUCAUCUGGUGUCUGACAGGGGGAAAGAACGGCGGGGUCCACUGUACAGACGUUUCAAACGCCAGUCGCACCAUGCUCUUCAACAUUCACACCAUGGACUGGGAUCCUGAACUCUGCAGGUACUUUGACAUCCCGAUGGAAAUCCUGCCCAGCGUCAGAAGCUCGUCUGAGAUUUACGGCUGGAUGAAAUCCGGCUCACUUGCAGGAGUUCCAAUUUCAGGGGUAAGAGCUUUUCCCUCUUAUGCAACUUUGUUUAAUGAGUCACAUUUGUCUGUGUUCAGCUGCGAGGCUGUCGCUGUGCUGGAGCAACGCAUGGCUCCCUCCCACUUUUUUUUUUUCUGGUAUGGGACUGGCUGCUUCCUGCUCAGAAACACGGGCACCAAGCCUGUGAUCUCAGACCACGGCCUGCUCACCACAGUUGCCUACAAACUGGGAAAAGACGAGCCGGCCUGCUAUGCCCUCGAGGGGUCUGUGGCCAUAGCAGGGGCAGUGGUACGGUGGUUGAAGGACAACAUGGGGAUGGUGCAGUCGUCCUCAGAGAUUGAGAAACUGGCAGCGGCAGCGGGAACGUCGUACGGCUGUUACUUCGUGCCAGCUUUUUCGGGGCUCUACGCCCCCUACUGGGAGCCCAGCGCAAGAGGAUUUCACCAAAAAUAUUAUGAAAAUGAAGAAUUUUUGCAUUUAAAUAGCAACCAGAAUACAGGAAGUGAUGAGCCUGAUCGCUCUCAGGGCAAACAUGUCUCUCUGUCACUCUCUAACCAUCCGUCUUACGUUGCCCCAGUUCGACCCACCAUGUCCGAGACCACAGCUCUGGGUGUAGCCAUGGCGGCGGGGGCAGCAGAGGGCAUAGGCGUAUGGAGCCUGAGUCCCGGUCAGCUCCCACAUGUCACAUCUGAGAGAUACGAGCCUCAGAUAAACCCUGAGGGUAAGACUGCGAGAGUGAAAAGCUUGUAAUGGAUCAUAUGACAUACAUGACACAGGACAUACAGCAGAUAAUAGAACACAGAG